AUUAGGAUAAAGAGGGGGCUUGAGAGGGUGCUUAAGUUGGUAGCUAGCGGAGAUGGGGAGAGACUCGUGCACUGCCUUGGCAUUCUUGUUCUGGAUGGCUCUCGUGGUGUCCAUGGAAGCACAGUGUGCAGGGGCAAGAGUUGCACCACUAGUGGCUGCUCCUGCUGUGGCCUCAUCAAUAUCUAGGCCAGGUCACCAGAACUUGGAUCCUUUCUACAGUAGCAAGAGAAGAGUUCCUAAUGGUCCUGAUCCCAUUCAUAACAGGAGAGCUGGGAAGUCAGGAAGACCAUCAGGUAGAAUAUGAGGACUGAGGACCACAGUGACUGAAGCAUGAAAACUUGCACAGUAGGAGAGAUGGAUUAGAGAUUAUAUAUACACACGUGGUCGUCGUGAAAUGCACGUUUCCAUUGGGCCGUCUGUUAACAGAGCUACAACAUUAGUCCAAAGUUGUGAUCUUUAUCAAGUUUAUUAUUAAAAGGUGGUGAAGCUUCCAUCACACAAAAUCAUCUCAAGAUUCUUGAAGAAGUUGACAAGAAUCUUUAGCGGUUGCUUUGAUGAAAAAGAAAGGACGAGCGGAUACAUCUUGCUUGAAGGAGGAACAACUGAAACAAGGGCCAGCGAAUUUUACAAUAGAAAUGUAACAAAAGAUGUGUCGGAAUUAAACUAACAGUAUCUAGCUUCUUGUUCCUCGGUAGCCUUUGGAUUUGAUUCAAUGCAUGCUAACUUUUGCUUUUGUUUCACUUUGGGCAGUCCUGCUGCUUUGUGUAAUUCAUAAUUAGAACUGCAUUCUGACCUGUCUUAAGUUUCAGAGUUAAAGCUGCUAAAGACAUGGAUGGGGAAUAUGGGUAAUCGAGUGGUAACCAGCAGCUAUAGACAAUAGAAUAAUCCAUGGGAUGUCAAAGAAAAAGAGAGGAGAAGAAAGCUCAUGGCAUGGCUUCCUUUUCUUUCCCUUUUUCCCCUCUUUUUUGUUGCUUCUUUUCUUGCAGUAUUUUGAGCUGGGCGAGGAGGUAAAAGCAGUGAAAGAGCAAGCACUGUCAUGCACUUAAUGUCUGAGUUGGGAUGCUCUUCUUGUCACUGGAUGUGCAUAGUUUCAUAGGUUGGUGAGGUAACAGAUAAAGUGCCAACGUACUCCUCUCUCAGCUCUUUAGGAAAUCCUUG